AUGUCUCCGCCAAUGUCCACCGACGCCUUGAGCGAUGAGGAGCUUCUCCAAAAGGCGAACAAGAUUUUCGCACCCGUUACCCUACCAUGUGGACGCGUCUUGCCUAACAGGCUGGCCAAGGCCCCGAUGUAUGAACACAUGGCUGCCAUGUGGGGCUCGGAGCCUCACAACGGCAUCCUUGCUCUCUACAAACGAUGGGCCGAAGGCGACUGGGGCAUGGUCAUCACCGGGAACGUCCAAGUUGCCAAAGACCAUCUCCCCCUCGGCCGCGACAUGAUCGUCCCCGACGAGCUCACCGACGCCACGCUCGAACCUUGGCGCGCCCUCGCCGACAUCAUCCGCACCCCCCACGCCGGGUCGUCCAAAACCGCCGACGCCCCCGCCCGCUCGCGAUCAUCCAACUCUCCCAUGGCGCGCAUGCCCUUCGCCCGCCCGCUGGCGCCGAGCCCCAUCCGGCUUGGGGCCCACAGUCCCAAGGAGGGCUGGGUCGGGAAUCUCGCGCACCGGCUCAUGCUCCAGACGCCGCGCGAGAUGACCAUCGAAGACAUCCAGCACGCCGUCCAGCAAUUUGUUCACGGGGCGCAGAUGGCAGCGCAGAGCGGGUUCGACGGUGUGGAGGUCCACGCCGCGCACGGGUAUCUUGUCAGCCAGUUCAUAUCUCCGAAGAGCAACACGCGCACCGACGAAUACUCGGCCGAGACAGACCCUCUCCAUUUCCUGCGCGAUAUUGUGUUCGGCAUCCGCACAGCGGGCGUCGUCUCAGAAGACUUCGUGGUGGGAGUCAAGCUCAACUCUGCCGACUACUCGCAAGAUACAGGCACGCCAUCGUCAGACCGCCCUCUGAGCCAUGUUAGGGAGAUCGGAAAGUGGGGCUUGGUGGACUUCAUCGAAGUCAGUGGUGGCGACUAUGAGGAUCCUCAAUUCAUCGACACCGUCCAGAAGUUCAAGUCCCCGCGGCAAGUCAUUUUUGAGACCUUCUCCGCGCGGAGCAUGGACAUCUUAACCGACUGCGUCCCAACUGCGACGCGGCGUCCACCCCCAUUGGUCAUCCUCACCGGCGGUCUGAACACCCUCCCCCGGAUGGCCUCCGCCCUCGCCCAAGACCACGCGCACCUUCUGGGGAUCGCCCGCCUGGCCGUCCUCCGCCCCACGCUCCCGACGGACAUAAAACACGCGCUCGCCACAGGCGACACACGCGGCCUCCUCACCGAGCCGCGACAAGCCACAGUCCUUGGAGACCCUCCCGCGUCGCUACUAAGUCUGCGUACGCUCGAGCGGCUCGUGUUCAGCAUCCUCAAGUUCAUCUGGGCGUUCAUCCCCGGGCGCAUCCCGCGGAUCGUCGGGACGUCGGCGAGCGUGCAGUGGUACAACAUCAUGCUCCGCCGGAUCGCGUUCGGGCAGGACGUCGACUACACGCUCGGGCUCAUUGGCGCCGCUCUGCGCUGCUACCUCGGCCCGACGCCGUACCCGCCCGUGGUGGGCGACGGGUCGUGGAGGUGGUGGCUCGCCGCGGCGCUGGUGGGGAUGGCGAUGGGCGUCGGGCUCGGGCAGGUGGUGUGA